AGGAAGGCAAGAGGCGCGCACAGCCACUCAGAGGCGGCGAGCGAGAAGGACCCGGCAAGGCAUUGGCGGAGAAAUCGCAGUCGGGAGAGCAUCACCAACCAGAGGUGGUCUUUCCACCUAUUUCCCAAUAUCAUCCAAAUCUGAAAAAAGGCGAGGAAAGAGCACUGGAGAGGCGGCGAGGAGAAAGAGAGAGGAAGCGAGCGAACGGGAGAGCAACGCUGCCAGGCUAUCUAGAUCGCCGAGCCUUCAAAGUGCUGGGGAAACCUCUCGGCUUGGAGAAGGGAUGCUAUGAUUUUUAUUUUUAUUUAUUUUUACCUGGGUUUCGCAGCCGUGAAAUCUCCAGAUCUGACCCUCGUCUCUCUCUCGUUUUCUCUUUUUGAGGGGGGAGGAAAUGAAAGAAUAAAGAUCUUUCAAAGAAACUCCUGGCACCAAAGACCUUAAGGGACUGAGAAGACCAGCUCUGGCCAAAGGAGGCUGGAAAUCCCCAAACUGAAGAGCAGGCAAAAGGAGAGAGGCAGAAGAGGCAGUGUGAGAACUGGGCAGAUUAUCUGAAAGGAUUCUGUUUUUGACUGAACACGCUGCUCGCUCCUUCUUCAUCCAUUUGCACCCAUUAAGGACUAUUUUGCUGUGACUGUGUCCAUCUCAAAAGGCACUUCUACACAUAUUGGAAGCCAACUAGUAGGUUGCGUUUUAAUGAAGGAACCUCCGAGCUGCUAACAAUCACACAAACGGGAGGCGGAAGACCUUCGAGACGAGCGAUGCCGUCGUCAUGGAAACUCACACUGCUUCUGUCACUCACCAGCUGUCUUACAGGAUACUCCAAAGCUGUUCCAGGAAUCCCUACUUCAUAUGCUGCUAUCUUAAGGCUCAAGUCUGCCAGCUCGUCAUACUCCUCAGCGGCCAUUAACUCAAAGGGCAGGCAACGAUCAAGCAGCCCCGCUUUGGGAAGCAUCUCUUCGCCAAGCUGGGAAGGGGCACCACAGCAUUAUCACUCGCCGACAAAUCUCUAUCACUUUGCAGAGGCCUUCAAGCAUGAUGAGAGUGUCGAUUAUGGGCCGGUGUUUAUACAAGAGCCUGACAAUGUAAUUUUCCCCAUGGAUUCAGAUGAGAAGAAAGUAUCCCUCACCUGUCAAGCACGAGGGAACCCAGCACCAACCUACAGAUGGCUCCGGAAUGGAACGGAGAUAGACACCGAAAGUGAUUACCGGUACAGCGUGAUAGAAGGGAGCAUUAUCAUCAAUAACCCCAGCGAAACAAAAGAUUCUGGGCAGUAUCAGUGCUUUACCACCAACAUGUUUGGCAGCAUAUUGAGCAGAGAAGCUACACUUCAGUUUGCAUAUCUGGGGAAUUUCAGUGGUCGGACGAGAAGUGCUGUGUCAGUGCGGGAAGGUCAAGGCGUCGUUCUGAUGUGCUCCCCACCGCUCCAUUCACCAGAGAUCAUCUACAGCUGGGUAUUUAAUGAAUUCCCCUCCUUUGUGGCAGAAGACAGCCGGCGCUUUAUCUCCCAGGAAACGGGCAAUCUCUACAUUUCCAAAGUACAGCCCUCUGAUGUAGGCAGCUAUAUCUGCCUGGUGAAGAACACAGUGACCAAUGCCAGAGUGCUUAGCCCACCCACACCGCUAACACUUCGAACUGACGGUGUGAUGGGGGAAUAUGAGCCGAAAAUUGAAGUCCAUUUUCCAUACACAGUUACAGCUGCUAAGGGAUCUACUGUUAAGAUGGAGUGCUUUGCACUUGGCAACCCAGUUCCAACAAUCUCAUGGAGGAAAGUGAAUGGCCCCAAUCCAAGCAAAGCCCGCCUGCGGAAGUCCCAAGCAGUUCUUGAAAUUCCAAAUGUGCAGCUGGAAGAUGCAGGGACAUAUGAAUGUAAGGCCGAAAACUCAAGGGGAAGGAAUGUCUUCAGAGGACAGCUGCAAGUAUACACAUACCCACAUUGGGUGGAGAGACUUAAUGAUACCCAGUUAGACAGUGGGGAUCAGCUCCGAUGGGAAUGCAAAGCUACUGGAAAGCCAAGACCCACCUAUCGUUGGCUGAAAAACGGAACACCUCUCUGGGCAGAGAGCAGGAUUGAGAUGGUUAAUGGUGUACUGCUGAUCCACAGUGUCAAUCAGUCUGAUGCUGGAAUGUACCAGUGCGUAGCCGAAAACAAGCACGGAGCCAUUUACACCAGCGCCGAGUUGAGGAUUUUGGCUUUGGCUCCAACUUUCCCCCCAAGCCAACUGAAGAAAACAAUCAUUAUAACCAGGGGCCAAGAAGUUGCCGUCGAGUGCAAACCACAAGCCUCCCCCAAACCCGCCAUCUCAUGGAAGAAAGGAGACAAAGCAGUGAGAGAGAAUAAAAGGAUAACUGUUCUUCCAGAUGGGAGCCUCAGAAUCCUGAAUUCCACCAAAUCCGACGAGGGAAGAUAUGUAUGCCGAGGCGAAAAUGUAUUUGGUUCUGCAGAAAUAGUUGCUUCGGUCUUUGUUAAAGAGCCUACCAAGAUAGACCUGUCUCCUAAAAGGACCGAGCUGACAGUGGGAGAGAGCAUUGUCCUCAGCUGCAAAGCCAUUCAUGACCCCACCUUAGAUGUCAUGUUCCACUGGAUUCUGAAUGGGCAGCCUAUCGAUUUUGAGAAAGAAGGAGGACACUUUGAAAGCAUCAGGGCGCAAGCAUCCUCUGCAGAUUUAAUGAUCAGGAACAUUCUUCUGAUGCAUGCUGGGAGAUAUGGCUGCAGGGUACAGACCACAGCAGACAGUAUAUCAGAUGAGGCAGAACUUCUUGUGAGGGGUCCACCUGGGCCUCCAGGGAUUGUGAUUGUUGAGGAGAUCACGGAGACCACGGCAACACUUUCAUGGACUCCAGGGGCAGACAACCACAGUCCUAUCACAUCCUACAAUCUUCAAGCACGGAGUCCAUUUUCACUUGGUUGGCAGACAGUGAAAACAGUUCCAGAAAACAUCAGCGGUGACAUGGAGUCUGCCAUGGCUGUCGAGCUGAACCCGUGGGUGGAAUAUGAAUUUAGAGUUGUCGCAACCAACAAAAUUGGGACUGGAGAUCCAAGCGCGCCCUCUCGAGUGAUCCGGACCAAGGAAGCAGUUCCAAAGACAGCUCCUGCUAAUGUAAGUGGCAGAAGUGGAAGAAGGCAUGAAUUAGUAAUAGCAUGGGAGCCAGUUUCUGAAGAGUUCCAGAAUGGAGAAAGUUUUGGGUACAUAGUAGCCUUCCGGCCCAACGGGACAAGAGGCUGGAAGGAAAAAAUGGUAACCUCUUCCGAUGCUUCCAAGUUCAUCUACAGAGACGAGAGUGUGCCUCCCCUGACUCCAUUCGAAGUGAAAGUUGGAGCUUACAACAACAAAGGAGAUGGACCAUUCAGUCCUAUCGUAGUUAUUUGUUCUGCAGAGGGAGAACCCAGCGCUGCUCCAACUGAUGUCCAGGCUACAGGAUUGUCUGUUUCAGAGAUUCUCGUUGCAUGGAGACAUAGCAAAGAAAGCCUAGGAAGACCUCAGGGAUUUGAGGUUGGUUACUGGAAAGAUAUGGAACAAGAGGAAGCGGCUGAAAAGACCAGGACAGAAGGAAAUGAGUCGUCCAUCAUUCUGACAGGGCUUGAAGGCAACACAUUAUACCAUCUGAGAGUGAAGGCGUACAACUCAGCGGGGUAUGGACCACCCAGCAGUGCCGUCCGUGCCACCACCAAGAAAUCUCCUCCUAGCCAAGCACCAAGCAACAUUAUGUGGAUACAAGAUGGCUCCCACGUUUCCUUGGGAUGGGAACCUGUUAAACCUUUAGCAAAUGAAUCAGAUGUCAUGGGAUACAAGGUCUUGUUUAGGCAAGAAGGUGACAGCAACAGUCAAGUCAUUGAAACACAGAAAACAUCUGCAGUGGUGCUUCUCCCUGAUGUCGGGGUGUAUAUCAUAGAGGUCCGGGCAGUCAGUGAAGGAGGGGAUGGGAUGCCGAGCUCCCAAAUCAGGGUACCAUCUUUUUCAGGUGGAAAAGUCACAAGUUCUCAGUCAAGUCUACGUGCUUUCUCUACUUCGUCAUCGACUGUAACGUUCCUUUUGGUACUAAUGGUCCCGUCAACCUCGUGGUGAAGACAGACUGUGGACCUUUUCCUCAUUCAUCGUUCUGAUUGCUUUAGCCUGAUAACAUCACUGGAUGGAGUUCUGUAUCCAUGGAGGAAGCAGAAGACAAAGAGUCCAAUGGUGAAAGACACGAGAAACACAUAUGGUGCACCAGGAAGAGUGUUGUGGGUGACAAAUAAUGCUAAAACAAUUCAUCAGGUUUCUUCUCUUCAGUUUCUUGUAAAUGUCCUCUAGGGGGGAGGGGAUAUUUAUUGCCCAACAGAGAAAAUAUGCAGAUUGUACGAAAUGAACUUUUGUAAGCAAAUGAAAAAAAAAACCUGUCCAAUGUUA